GUGUAGGAAAGGGGAACAUUUUCUCCACCUUGCACGUAUAUUGAAGAAGAAAGUCAGUGAAAUUUGUCGGCAAAAUUUCAAAUUUGUUAAAUUUAUCUGUGGCCCUCCCUGUCCUAAUGAAGCUUGUCUUGGUGCAACAUUCCACGCAGAAGAUAUACAGCGACCUUGCGAAUCAUCUUCGUCUGAAAGUGAAAAAAGUGGCGACGAUGACGUCGGAUCAGGUCAUCAAGAGAAAGUAGCUGGAGAGAAUAAACGUGGUGAUCAAAAUGAGCAACGCUCUCACGUGAUAUCUGUAGAUCCUGAUACAUUUGAUCCACCGUAUUGGUGUAGGGCGUUCGACGUUACCGAAUUUUUAAAUGACUGGAAUCCAGAAUCUAUUGUUCAGGUAUUGAAUGAUUAGGCUUAUCGCAAUGAGAGAAGCGAACUAGCGAGGUUUCAUAUACAUAAGGUUAAUUUUGUUACGUUUCGGACAUUUUAAAUGUCCGUUUUCAGGCGACAACUGUUGUGGACGUUAUAUUAAAAAAUGCUGACGAUUUAACAUUCAGUCACGUCGCGUGCGCGUGUUCGUGUUCGCAUGCAUGUUCCUUCUUAAAAUACUUAUUUAACAACGGUCUCCACAUCACCACAGAGUAGAUACUAGACCAGAAGGGACAUUCCUAUGUGUUUUGGCUUUGGAAAAACGUCCGAAAUUUUUUCCGUGCUAUGACGCCAUCCUGGAGUGCGCACGGCACUUUGUACCUAUGUUUGGCCUAUACACUCCAGGAAGUCGUAUUUUCACGUCAGCACUCGUAAAAUAUCGGACAAAAUAUCGUCUGAGUGACACUUCUGGUCCAAUAUCCAUUCUGUGACAUCACCAACUGUUCGAAAUUAUUCAAAACCAUGCUGUAGCCAUUAUUCCGUUCUCUUAAAGAAUCAAUUUCUUCUCUUACUUUCCUCUGCUUUAAUCCAUUUUUAUUUGCUAUCACUCGUACCUUUUCCCAAUCAAUCCCACUCUCGCAAUCAACGCUAUGCCUCGCCAAACCUCCAUCUUCCUUACCAAUUCUUUCUUCUGCCGACUCUAGACUUGUUGUAUGCUUUGCUACCAAAUAGAAGGCUAUACGUUCACAUUGCGUGCUGACAUUGAAAUAUUAAGAAUUUCUCAGCCACUCUUGAGGCAGUUGGGGCCGUACGGAAACGUUGUUUCUUAGCGACUCUCUUGAAUUGCUCUGACAGUCCUUGUAAAUAUGGUACAAUCACCAUAUCUCUACAACAUUCCUCAUUUUUAGACUCUGUCGACUCACCCGUGUUCUCCUCUUUGCUUUUCAUAGACCGUUUCACUGUCUCUCUGUCAUACCCAUUAGCCACAAGCACAUAUCUUUCUUCAGUUUCUCUUCUACACAUCCAGGAUCGCAUAACGCUCGAGCACGAUCUGCAAAUCCUUUUAGGUUACUUCACAUGAUGAACGUGCGUUUUAGUCUAUAGAACAUGGCGCAACGAAUUUUAGGUGUAACUUUACCAAAUUUUUAGUGAAGAAAGCCAAAAAAAUGCUGACUUCGAAAGUCUUCAUUUGAUGGGUGUUCUUUUUAAACAUGUCCAGUAUUGGCUGACUAAAGAAAUACAUAGGUAUCCCAUAAAAAAUCAAAAUAUAUUUAUAGUUCACCUCAAUGUUUGUCUACAUAUAUCGAUUUGAAUCUUCAUUGGUACGGUAAGAAAAACGUGUGCGGAAAAUGUCUCUUCCUCAAUGGUUUUUCUGAUAUGACGUUUUCUUUGACAACUUCGUGAAUUAUCAGUGUCAAAUCCAAGAAUCAGGGCAUAUCAGAGAAACCACUAAAGAAGAGAAAUUUUCCGCACACGUUUCUUUACCAUGCCUAUGAAGAUUCGAAUUGCGAUAUCUUGACAAUCGUUGAAGUAAACUAUAAACAUAUUUUGAUUUUUUAUGAAGGUACCUAUAUACUUACUCAGUCAGCCAAUACUGAAAAUGUUUAAACAGAACACCCAUCAAAUGAACAUUUACGAAAUCAGCAUUUUCCUGGCUUUUUUGACUGAAAAUUUGGUAAGGUUAAACCUAAAAUUCGUUGAGCAAUGUCCAAUAGACUAAAACGCAUGUUCAUCGUGUGAAGUAACCUUAACUAUACCUUUCUUCAUCGAGGAAGGAUGGUUAGAGCUUUCUUUGACAUUAAAAUGUAUCUUGUAGUGAACCAUACAUUCGAUCUGCUUCGUUCUCCUGUUGACUUUCUGUUUCAGAUCCAAAACCGGGAUAACAUCAUUUUCUUGCCCUUCUUUGGUGAACUCGAUUAUCCCCUUAUCAAUGCUGUUUAGAUAGUUAAGUGCUGAUCUUUUUUAAACUUUAUCUCACUAUCAUCAAUAAUUUUCGAUAAUUUAACGAUAUUUUAAUAUUUUUUACAUUAUAUUUUUUCCCGAUAAUUUAGCGAUAUUUUUAUUUUCUUAUUUAAGGAUAUUUUUUAUUUUUUUAUUAUUUAUUUUUUUAUUCCUAGUUGACGUUUCGACGUUAAACUUUUAUGUAGCCGGAGAAAACAGGAUUUUCCAGAAAUUUGUUGCCUCUACGUCAGCUGUUACUAGGCAUUUCUCUCGCAUUUGUGAGCUUUUGAAGCUUUUUGUACUAUUUAAAAAACGAUCAGGAGUGUUUUAUUAGGUUUAAAGCAACGAGCGCGCAGCGCGAGUGGCUUUAGACCUAAUAAAAAGACCUGCGAGUUUUUUUAAAUGGCUUCAAAAACGUUUGCAUAAUCAGUCAAAUAUUUAUAUAAAAAUCUUUAUAUAAAACUAUUUAUAUAAAAAUCUUUAUAUAAAUAUCUUUAUAUAGUUUGCAUAACAAUGGUCUUUUGUUAAAGUGUUCUUUAGCUGGUAUAAAGACGUAUGCACGUGACUAAUUUCUUAAUCAAGAUUGGAUAAUUGCGUCAUGAAUUACUAAUGAGUUUUUGAAGUAACUUCUGAAUUCAACUAAGCUUUGGCAGUAGAAUUUGUUGUUGUUUAUAUUUGGAGUUUCCUCGACCAUUUGUUGGAAUACGAUAUCAUUUUUUUAUCGAAACGUCACCGUGUCCUUUGAACGAAUGGUUCUGGUACGUUGACGAUAGUGGGAUAAAGUUAAAAAAAAGAUCAGUUGGAUGUGGUACUUGACCAUCUAAACAGCAUUGAUAAGGGGAUAAUUGAGUACACCAAAGAAGAGCAAGAAAAUUAUGUUACCCCGGUUUUCGAUCUGAAACAGAAAGACAACAGGAGAACGAAACAGAUCGAGCGUAUGGUUCACUACAAGAAGACACAUACAAAUACAUUAGUAUUUGUAUGUGUCUUCUUGUAGUGAACCAUACGCUGGAUCUGUUUCGUUCUCCUGUUGUCUUUCUGUUUCAGAUCCAAAACCGGGAUAACAUAAUUUUCUUGCUCUUCUUUGGUGUGUAAGGGAAGAUCUAACCAUCCUUCUCGAUGAAGAAAGGUAUAAAGGAUUUGCAGAUCGAGCUAUAGCAUUAUGCGAUCCUGGAUGUGUAGAAGGGGAACUGAAGAACAUCCAAGAUGUGUUUGUGGCUAAUGGUUAUGACAGAGAGGCAGUGAAACGGUAUAUGAAAAGCAAAGAGGAGAAUACAGGUGAGUCGACAGAGUCUAAAUAUGAGAAAUGUUGUAGAGGAAUUGUGGUUAUACCAUAUUUACAAGGAGCAAUUCAAGAGAGUCGCUACGAAAUAUCGUUUCCGUACGGCAUUCAGACUUGGGAAUACAUUGAGACAAGUGAAAGCAAAGGCUCAGAAACCACCGGGGGAGAAACGAAAUGCUGUUGUAUACGAAGUUCCUUGCAAGUGUGAUGAGGCGGUUUAUGGGGGAGAGACUUGGCACUUAUUUGAAACUAGAAAGACGGUUGACGGGAGAGGACAUAAAGAAUGCAAACCUAGAGUCGGCAGAGGAAAGAAUGGGAAGGAAGAUAGACGUUUGGCGAGACAUUGAUUGCGAGAGUGGGAUUGAUUGGGAUAAUGCGCGAGUGAUAGCAACUGAAAAUAGAUUAUAUAAUGAAUAUUUAAUAAUUGAAUAUUUAAGAGAGCGGUGGCUACAUGGUUUUGAAUAAUAUCGAACAGUUGGUGAAGUGGAAACCAUUGUUAAAUAAGUAUUUUAAUGCGAACACGCGCACGCAAGUGGAUAGUGACAGGCGCGACAACUGACGUGACUAACAGUUAAAUCGUCAGCAUUUUUUAAUAUAACGUCACAAAAUAGGAAGUUAUACCAGAAGUCUCGCUCAAGCAAGUAUUUGUCCGCGUUUUUACAAGCGAUUCGUUAUCAAUCACGCCAUUCUGGCUAGUACAACCGGCACUUUGCACCUACCAAAACCUGAUAAAAACUUCCGGCUGUACUAGCCAGGAUGGCGUGGAUUGGCGUGAGCGAGUUAGAAUUUUCCUGGAUGUAAAACAACAAAGGCACCGACUCAAGUUACACUUCUGCUAUACUUUCUAUUUUGUGAUAACGUCCACAACAGUUGUCGCCUGAAGACGGACAUUUAAAAUGUACGUAACGUAGCAAAAUUAAUCAAAUUAACCUUUGGUAUAUAUCCUUGAAAAAUAAAAACAACAAAUAUAUUAGGAACAACAAAUUAAAGUGAACGUUUAAAAAUAGAAACAAUAUUAAAAAUAUCCUCCCACUUUCAUUUUCCUAUCAGAAUGUUUUCACACUUUCUUAGCUCUAAAAUAAUUUGCUUAUGUUUUUGUCACCCCAAUAUAAUUUCGCCACUUGUUGUGAUUAAUUUUAGAAUGAGAAUCGGCGCGGAAUGGAGGAAGGUAGUGGGAGCAUACAAGAAGAAUGUAAGGAAUGUUGUUUUUAAUUAUUUAUGCUUUGUAUAUUUUAGAACUGCUUUUUCAAAUUAACUCUUUGCCCGGAGGUUUCUAAAGCCACCUGACGAGAACAUAGUUAAAAGGGUACCUCUUGAAAACUUAUCUAUGAAUAACAACUCAUCCUGUCAAGAUCGUGCCGUUUCCGUACCGAUCGUAUCUAUUUUCCAUCUUACCAUUUAACUCUCCAAUCACAACUGGGGUUAGCGUUUCAUCUAAGGAAGCAUUUCCAUUUGUUCAUUGGGUGGCAGAGUUGUGCAAUGCUAGAAACGUGGCGGGGGCUGAAUUUUUUACGAAUCUUUGCCAGCAUACAAAUUACCUACACCAGCAUAUAGAUUGCGUUGCAUUUUACUUCUAAAAAGUAUCAAAACGUUGUAUUCUACCAACAAUUAUUUCUCUCUAGGUAUCGAAAUAAUCAAAAUAAUUACAUUCCUCUUUUCAGGUUGUGUCAAGGAGUGCUGUCUGAAUUUGGUUUCAGAGAAACUCGGGAAUAGCUGGAAAGAUCUAGGCAGAGAAUUGAACGUUCCUGAACCAAAAAUUCAAAAUAUUUCGGUUGAUGAUCAUGGGCAAAAAGAACAAGGAUUGGACGUACUCUAUGCUUGGAAAAAUCGUCUUGGAAGUGCGGCAAACGUGACAUCAUUGACUGAUAGCUUGGAAAAGAUUGGCAGAAAAGACGUUGCUGAUCUACUAGUUACCCAUCAUAAAGAAAGACACAUUAGUUAA